CUUUGAGCUCUUCAAAGUUCUACAACGUUAACAACACAACACAACACAACACUACCUACCUACCUCUUCAUCAUCAAACAUCACUCUCGACUUGAAAUUGAAAUGCCUUCGUGAUUUCACUACACUUGAAACUGGCCAAGUCUAGAUGCAGCACAUGAAAUGUUUGCCUGGUAUGUACAACUUCUUGUGAGAACCAAUACCUCUUCAACCUUCUUUCCCCCACCAUUCUCCCGUAGCAACCUGAUGAUCACUAUUAUUGGAGCUGUCUUAUUAAAAACUGAUGACACAAUUUUUAUUACGCAACUUAACAACUUCUGAAUGCUCUUCAGCACAAAUCAUGUUAUGUACGCAUACAUAGUGUUGGCACGUAACUGACUUGAAUCCAGCUUCAGCAGAAAUAUCCACAACUUGAAUUAGGUCCCUAUUUGAAACCCGUGUCACGAGGAGAGGUCGUCGAAGUUCUUUUUUUCCUUGCAGUGUUCUCAAUUAUAUGACAUCAAUUUUCCAUCAACCAUGUCUCAAGCGCCAACAUUGAAUGUCAAUGACGGUACUACACCUCAGUCGGCAUCAAAUGGUGAACGAGUUGACCCGGGCGGAUUUAAGCUUAAGUUCUGCACAGUUUGCGCCAGUAACAACAACAGGUAUACUCGAUACAUCACAUUGCCCAUUGAUUUGUCGCUAACGUGAUCUUUUCUCAGAUCAAUGGAAUCACACUUACGUCUCGCUGCGGCUCAUUAUCCCGUGAUAUCUUUUGGAACAGGCUCUUUAGUUAGAUUACCAGGGCCUUCCAUCUCACAACCUAAUGUAUACCAAUUCAACAAAACCUCAUAUGACAGCAUGUACAAAGAACUCGAAUCUAAAGAUCCGCGUCUCUACCGGGCUAAUGGUAUUUUGAAUAUGCUUGGACGAAAUAGAUCAGUAAAAUGGGGGCCAGAGAGAUGGCAAGAUUGGCAAGUCGGUGUUCCAAGAUUACAACACAAUACAGAUCAAGGUGCCGAGGGUGUAGAAGGAGGCGUCGUGGAUGUCGUUAUUACCUGUGAAGAAAGGUGCUGGGAUGCUGUCGUUGACGACCUUCUUAAUCGUGGCUCCCCAUUAAAUCGUCCCGUGCAUGUCAUCAAUGUUGAUAUCAAAGAUAAUCAUGAAGAAGCUCUAGUAGGCGGUAGGGGAAUCCUUGAUCUUGCGGACUCCCUCAAUAAAGCUGCGGCCGAGGAGAGGGAACUUAACCCCACCGGAUUUGACAGUGGAAGUGCCAGUAGUAGGGCUGGUUUUGAUGAAAGGGUACCGGAGAUCAUCGGAGAAUGGCAGGAAAGAUGGCCGAAUCUACCAGCAGUAUGGACAUUAGCAUGGUUCUGAACACUUGCAUGACGGUUUUCUUAUUAUGGCGUUGAGGCUACGAGGUAUACCCAUCUUAUGCGGCGUUUAGGGUAAAAUUUUGAGCGGACUUUGAGCGGACUUUGACAUGAGAUGGCAUCUUUAAAAUCGAAGAUGGAGCCUUUAUAUCACAAACCAGCGAUUCAUGCAUCAAAUCCGAAUCUUAGCUUGAAUUACAAAUAUACUUAGUUGAUGUCAAGCUCCAAAACCGUUGAGAUUAAGUAGAAUAAAGGUAUUACCCAAACUAGUCUGAAAGAGUAAAGGAGACAGGGCGAAAGAAAAUUGAGAUUCUAAGAUUAGAUUACCGGUAUGGGGCCCGUGAUUUAAAAAUAUCACAAGUGAAGCUUUCAAAGUUCUAGACUAGGACGUCUAGACGUACAAGCACGAAGCUAGAAUUGAGGAAAGAAUCCCAUAAGAUUGGAACUCAAAAUGCUUUGAAUCUAGUUAGUAGGCAUAUUUUCGCGGAAAUCCUCCUUACAUGAUUUUGAGAUUUGAGACGACCUUCUCUAUCUCUUCUUUUCACGGGGUAGUACUAGGUUGGUAGGUACCUGUAAGUGAGGAUGACGGGUUUGAAGUUCCAGAUUGUUUUAAAGGAUGGAACACGGGCUGCACAGGGUGAAAUAUCUGUAAAUACAUAUGGGAUUAACGGCAACAGAAAUCAGCAAUUAUAAUGGCUU